AUGAUUUCUGUUGAAUAUACGAGUUGGAAGAAAGUGCCAAUUGCUCAAAAAGAUAUGCUAUGGUUGGCGAUUAAGAAACGUUGGAAUAUUCCGGAUGACAACCGUAAAAAAGAUGUGCUUAAAACAUGCAACAGCCAGUGGAGAGCCUUCAAGAAAAGGCUUAAAAAGAAAUGUGAUAACCAAAGAGAUCCACUUGAGACCUACUCAUAUUUGGAAAGAAGUACACUGCAGAGCUUUAGACAGAGAAUAUCAUCAAAGGAGUUCCAAGAGAUAAGUGAGAAAGCGAGGGCGAGUUCGAUGCAUAAUAAGAAUCCUGCUCGUGUAGGACCACUUGGUUAUAGGGGCAAGAAAGUUGAGUGGGAACAAGAGAUGGCAUCUGGUCAAUUGACACCUCAAUUGUAUCAGAUAAAAAGCGAGCGUUCACUGCAUUAUGUUUUGGGUAGAAGAUCUAAAAAUGAGUUGGGGUUGAACAUAAUACCGCCUACCAUACAACCCAUAGUGGACAAGCUUGUCGAUGUCCAGACUCAAAUCUCUAAAGGAGAUUUGGAGCUCAAUCCAGGAGAGGACUUGUUGACAAAGACAACGAUAGAUCUGAUGGGCUCGCAAUUGGCAAAGCUACAAGCACACUUUAACUUACAACAGGGGUCUAGGAACCAUGCCCCAGAUGAUGUAAGCUUAGGGGUUCAACAAAAUAAUUGUGGCUCGAAUCCAACAUUAGAUGCUUUGGAUGCGAUAAAGGUUCUGAUAGACGACAUCGAUAGUAGAUAUGAAAAUUUUCCUGUUCUUGUGAUGACAAAAGAAGUUGCUAACCUACAAGGGGCGGUUGGCAUUGUAAUUCAAUGGCCCCGGAUUGCAAUUAUUCCUGCAAACGAACAAAGAGCGAAGAAACAAAUCCCAACCACAAGUUUGGUGCCAACAAUUUCAAGGGCUGGUACAAAAAAGAAUAUACCCAACCAAACAUCCAGCAAGGCGAGGCCGAUUGAAUAUCUUCGUGAUUGCUUGAAGACCAACCAAGUGGUUAACAUUGUAGCCGACUCUGGGAUUUUGGAAGUUGGGACAUAUGAUUUUUCGGUUACAUGUGAAGAAUAUUUUCGACUGCUGAGAAAACAAACAAUUGAUGCUUCCAUCAUAAUUGCUUGGCAACUGAUUCUUCAUUCAAUGGUUCGGACACGUAUGAACAAAUGUGCUUUCUUGAACCCUUAUAAUAUUCUAGGAGAGGCAUGCCAGAAAAACCCAGAGGGUGUCGUUAGUUAUCUUGUUGAUUCCAUUCGUCCGCACCACGAAAAAUUGUUUCUCAUUGCACCAUAUUUGCAAAAUAAGCAUUGGGUGCUCUUGCUGAUUUCCCUUCGCAAUCGUGUUGUCUAUAUUUUGGAUUCUCUUAAGGAUCGUAUUGAAAAGUCUGCCGACUACCAUUACCUACUCAAAAAACAUGUGGACAUGGCUUUCAUGAGAUAUGAAAAAAACACUUCAACUCCAAUUGGCUGGAUUUUUGCUGAGUGCAACCAACAACUUGGUGGUUUAGAGAGCGGACAUUAUGUUAUGCGUUGGAUGUUUGAUUUCUUGACGACAAGACAACAUGGAUUUCCAAGUAAAUCCAGUAGCAUUUGGGAUGACAAAAGUCCCUUUGAAGAAAAGAUGUUGGUUGCAACUGUUGCUACCUGGUUUAGAGAGUUUUUGAAUAACUAUAUGAAUGAUGUGGUCCUAUAA